GCCUCGCUCUUUCCUUGGAUCUAUCCAACUAUUGUCACUCGAUCGAAUCAUUUCGCGCCUGCCCCGACUUCACUCGACCGCCUACUGCCGUUCGAUCGUCUGCACAUCUCAUCCGCGCCUAUCUCAUCAACACUCGUUCGCAUCACCGCAGACAUGCGUCCUCUCACAGAAGGAGAAUCCAAGACCGUCUUCGACAAGCUCGCCAACUACACCGGAAAGUCCCUCACAAAUCUUUUGACCGACACUGCACCUGGAAAGGAUGGAAAGGCCUCAAGAUUCGUCUUCCGCGUCCAAGAAUCAAGAGUCUACUACGUGCGCGAGGACAUGGCCAACUUGGCCACCUCGGUAGCAAGAGACAACCUGCUGUGCCUUGGAAACUGCAUCGGCAAAUUGACCAAGACUGGCAAGUUCCGCCUUCACAUCACUGCUCUGGACAUCAUCGCCCCUCAUGCUCGCGCAAAGAUCUGGGUUAAGCCCAACGGAGAGAUGCCUUUCUUGUACGGUGGUCACAUUGUCAAGGCACAUGUUGGACGUUGGAGUGAGGACUGCCCUGAGCACCAGGGUAUCAUUGUCUACUCUAUGAACGACACUCCUCUUGGUUUCGGUGUCACUGCUCGCUCCUCGGCCGAGGCAAAACGUCUGGACCCUACUGGUAUCGUUGUCUUCAGACAAGCCGACUGUGGCGAGUAUCUCAGAGAGGAGGACACUCUCUUCCAGUCUUGAGCGUCCUGAAUACAUUUCGCUUCAGCAUCAAGUUCUCGAAACAAUCCGCCAUUCACCCGCGCCCGCAGGAGCUCUUUUAAAAGUUGCAUUGGAGAUACCCGUCGAUGGAUCCGGGACAGCAGGAGUUCAAGGAGUUUUAAACUGGUCACAAAGUCACGUCAGAUGGGAAUGGAUAGGCAAACCGAUAUCUCGCAUUAUGAAGAUGAUUCAACACACUAAUUCGCAUGCGCUGGUAUGCAGAGCUAUGGACCUGCCUUGAACGCGCGUCUGCAAUUCUUUGAAGCCUUUGUGUUUCUUUCUUGCAUUGUGAUCAUAAACUGUGCCUUUUGAACGCACAGCGCAGCUCUUUGUGCUUUGUGUGUGAACAAAGCCAUCGACUCGAGACUUGCUGAUGAUCAGAAACAUCUUCUGUCUUGAC